CGAAGUUUUUUUUUUUUUUGGUGAAAGCUAUACUAUUACCUGUGUUGUCUAGUGACGUUUGCAGUGACAAUCGUGUGCAACAAUAUACGGUUUAUAAAACAUUGAAAUAAACUUUUUAAACAGAGAUACGAUGUAAACAUUGUGACUAUUUAUCCAACAUCUGUGGUGAAAAUGCAUCACUAGACAAACAAACAAACAAGCAAAUCGAUGACGCAACAGCUAGGAAUGAACGUGUAUUAACUAUUCCAAUCUAUGUGCACAAAUUACGACACGCGGCUCGUGCGGUGGAGAUUAAUGUCCGUUGCGCAUGUCUUGGUAUAGUCAGUCACACCACUUGGUUAAAUAGCUCUCCGGAACCUUCGACGAAACCGGGAGAAGGUGACCUCACAGUGUUUAGUUCGGUCCGGACAGGAAUCACUCUGCAGCAGUAUGAAGAAAAUUGCCGUCAUAGGCGCAGGGUGCAGUGGCCUAACCGCCAUCAAAUCCUGCCUGGAUGAAGGUCUCUUGCCCGUGUGCUAUGAGAGAGAAAGUGAUAUCGGGGGGCUUUGGAACUACAGCGAGGAACCUAAUGGGUCCAAGGGGAGUGUAUACAGAUCGUGUGUUAUUAACAUCAGCAAGGAAAUGAUGGCUUUCAGCGAUUUCCCAGUCCCGAAGGAAGCCCCGCCUUUCAUGCACCACACCGAAGUACUCAAGUACUUUCACUUGUAUGCAGCGAAGUUUGAUCUUUUGAAGUACAUCCAAUUUCGCUCCUCCGUCGAGCACAUUAGACCCGCUGACGACUACGCUGUUUCUGGACGCUGGUGCAUCACAACCAAGCGCCUGGACGACGCGGGCGAAGGCACGCACGAGGAAGAGUUCGACGGCGUAAUGGUGUGCUCGGGCCACCACGCCGCUCCCCACAUUCCGAACUUCGAGGGCCUCGACAAGUUCCGCGGCGUGAAGCUUCACUCUCAUGACUACAAACGUCCUGAUGUUUUCCAAGACAAGAAAGUGCUGAUAAUUGGGAUGGGUAAUUCAGCAGUGGACAUUGCCGUAGACCUGAGCUCGUGGGGAGAAAAGAUCUAUCUCAGCUCUCGUCGUGGCGCAUGGGUCGUAAGUCGCUUGGGCCCCUUCGGCUUUCCUGCGGACGCCAUGGCCAACAGUAGGGUGAUGUUCUCAUUGCCGCGUUGGCUGCUCCAGUGGAGUGUGGAGAAAAUGGCGAAUUAUAAAUUCAACCAUCAGCGCCUUGGUCUCAAUCCCGUACACAGGGCACUUGAAGCGUUCCCCACCAUAAACGAGGACAUCCAUUUAAGGAUAAUGAACGGAGCAAUUCGAGUGAGACCCAAUGUCAAGUGCUUCACGGAAAACGGGGUGAUGUUUGAUGACAACACAUUUGAAAGCAUAGACGUCGUGAUCCUGGCCACCGGCUAUGACUACAAGUACCGGUUCCUGAGCUCCGCCGUGUUGAACACAGAGAACAACAACAUCGAGUUGUACAAGUACGUCUUCCCGCCACAAUUACCGCACCCCACCCUGGCAAUGAUAGGCCUGGUUCAAGCAGUGGGCGCAGUCAUGCCCAUCUCUGAGCUACAGAGCCGUUGGUUCACCAGGAUCGUUAAAGGUCAUCUCACUCUACCUUCAAAAGAAAUUAUUAUGGAAGACAUAGCCCAGAGAAAGAAGAACGUAAGACAGACAUUUUUGCCUUCUCAGAGGCAUGCAUUGCAGACUUUCUGGGUGCCAUACAUGGACGAACUCGCAGACGCUGUCGGCUGCAAGCCAAAUCUCAAGAAAAUGUUUUUCAGAGAUCCCAUGUUUGCUCUCUGGUGUUACUUUGGUCCUUGUGUCCCCGCGCAGUUCCGCCUGGAGGGGCCUGGAAAGUGGGAGGGAGCCAGAUCGGCUGUGAAGAACUGCUACGUCAACAUGUUUGGUGCCACAGAACGCUCAGCGCCCCCAGCGGGAGAGUCUUCAAUCUGGAACGGCCUGUCGAACCGUUCCACGUGUGUGAGGGAAAACGUGCGACGGUUUAGAAAGAGCGUUGCCGUAAAACAUAAUCACGGUCCGGGAUACUAUAUGUACGUGGCCUUUAUCAUCUGCAUUUUGUUGCAUAUAUUUUUAUGAACUGCAUUUAUUCGUACUGAGAUCGUGGUUCCGGCAUUCUAAAACACUGUGUGACAUUACUCGUGCCGGAGAUAAUGUACAGAUACAGUAGUGCCAUUCCAUUUUUAUGGGUUAUUUCGAAUAAUUCUAAAGGAAAUUAUUUGAGAGGAAACGAAAUCAAAUUACAUCUUCAAACUUUCACGCAUGUGUAUCUUGUUUGUUUUUUUCGUAUAACGUUAUUUUAUACCAAGUAUUAUUGGUGUUAUAGCUUCUGAUAUAUUGCUUAACUGUUACGUCAUUUCCAUUA